UCUGCAAUUUCUCUCGCAGGCGGGAUGGUAUGCUGGCCAGCGAGCAUGCUUUAUUCACACGGAGGAAGAGGGGGUGAAAGUUCAUAAUGGUUUGCACAUAUCAGGUGACAAUGCUGUGGAAAAGUUGGUCAGCGUCUGUGGUUUAGCCUAACCAACAGAGACAUUUAAGAAAAUGACCAGCAGCAGCGAGGGGGUUUCGAAGUACACCGAGGUCGAAGACGAAGAAACAUUGGCGAUUGGUUAUUACGAUGACGACGACGACGACUUUGAUACAUUCACAGACGGGAAUCUGGACUGUAGCUGCGAAGACGGAGGUGGUUUCAGUGACCCCCUCAGUGGGGAGGUGAAGCCCAGGAUCCUCCUCAUGGGUCUAAGGCGUAGCGGCAAGUCUUCCAUCCAAAAAGUGGUGUUCCACAAGAUGUCCCCCAACGAGACCCUGUUUCUGGAGAGCACCAAUAAGAUCUGCAGAGAGGACGUGUCCAACAGUUCCUUCGUCAGCUUCCAGAUUUGGGACUUCCCUGGACAGAUCGACUUCUUUGACCCCACCUUUGACUACGAGAUGAUCUUCAGAGGAACAGGGGCCCUCAUCUUCGUCAUCGACUCACAGGAUGACUAUGUGGAGGCGCUGAGUCGGCUCCACCUCACAGUAACCAGGGCCUACAAGGUCAACCCAGAAAUCAACUUUGAGGUGUUUAUCCACAAGGUGGAUGGGCUGUCGGACGACGCUAAGAUCGAGAAGCAGAGGGACAUACACAAACGGGCCAAUGACGACCUGGCUGACGCUGGCUUGGAGAAGAUACAUCUAAGUCUUUACCUGACCAGCAUCUAUGACCACUCCAUAUUUGAGGCCUUCAGCAAAGUGGUGCAGAAACUCAUCCCUCAGCUGCCCACUCUGGAGAACUUGCUCAAUAUCUUCAUAUCUAACUCGGGCAUAGAGAAGGCCUUUCUGUUUGACGUGGUCAGUAAGAUCUACAUCGCCACAGACAGCAGUCCGGUGGACAUGCAGACCUACGAGCUGUGCUGCGACAUGAUCGAUGUGGUCAUAGACAUCUCCUGCAUCUACGGGCUGACGGAGGAAGAGGCAGGUCAGCCCUAUGAUAAAGAGUCCAUGGCCAUCAUCCACCUGAACAACACCACCGUCAUGUACCUGAAGGAGGUCACCAAGUUCCUGGCUCUGGUCUGCUUCCUCCGAGAGGAGAGCUUUGAGAGGAAAGGACUAAUUGACUACAACUUUCACUGUUUUAAGAAUGCUAUUCAGGAGGUGUUUGAUGUACGAGUGAAGGUGCAGAAAAACAGAAAGCUACUCAGCCAGAGGAGGUGGAGCAAACAGGCCUCAAUUGAGUCCUCAGCAGCCACCACUGAACGCCGCCCCAUUGGUGGCAUCACAUGUCAAUCAACCAUCUUUAAAUCAACAUAAAAUAAAGAGGUGAUAUGUGAAGGGCUGUGGGCUGUAUGGCCCCAAACACACUCAGGUUGUACAACUGCUGUACAACACAUUUGGCACAACGUUUGUGAUACAACAGAGAGUUUAAAAAAAAAACACAAUAGUAAACAUUUUUGUGCAAGUGCAGGUCUUCACGACUGUUCAACAAUCACUAAUGGUUGCAUUUCAACCAUACAAACCAGCAGAUAUAGGAUCUUAAUUUGAUCACUCUCUUUUGUUGCUGAGAACAUGAUAAUUCACAUUUCCUGUUACAGAAAGAUUACUUUCCUGCUGUAGCAAACUGCCUCAAAUUAAGAUCUUACAUCUGUAUAACUUGGGCCAGAAGUUUUUGUCUAAUCAUACAAGACCUGACCUGGAAAUAUAUAUAUAUAUAUAAUUACCACAUUUGUUACAGUUGACCUGUAUGUUGAGUGUCAGCCCAUAGUAGGGCAUGCUGAAGUUGUAUCAUUUUUUUUUACAAGUAAGGGCCUGUAAUGUCAUCUAAUAUUGUCACUAAUAAUAGUACAUGGUCAUAGUCAAAGUAAUAUGGAUGGGCCUUUUGAAUACUGUAGAAGUAGGAUGGUCAGUGAAAUCACCUUGGCUGCUUCCCUCAUGGUACCCUAUUCCUUUUAUAGUGUGUAAGCCCCAUAGGUCUCUGGUCAAAUGUAGUUGACUAUAUAGGGAAUUGGACGUCAUUUGAGAUACAGCCAUGAUCUUUAUGGAAGCAGCCCACCAAAGGAACAGAUUGUAAGAACAGAUGUUCAUAAAGCUACCAGACCAGGUUCAAAUACUAUAUGAAAUCAUUUCAAUAAUUUCUGUGCUUGACUUACACUAUACAGUGAGGGAGUUUGCCCACUGACAAAGAAAUGAUCCGUCUAUAGUUUUAAUGGUAGGUUUAUUUGAACAGUGAGAGACAGAAUAACAACAACAAAAUCCAGAAAAAUGCAUGUCAAAAAUGUUAUAAAUGGAUUUGCAUUUUAAUGAGGGAAAUAAGUAUUUGACCCCUCUGCAAAACAUGACUUAGUACUUGGUGGCAAAACCCUUGUUGGCAAUCACAGAGGUCAGACGUUUCUUGUAGUUGGCCACCAGGUUUGCACACAUCUCAGGAGGGAUUUUGUCCCACUCCUCUUUGCAGAUCUUCUCCAAGUCAUUAAGGUUUCGAGGCUGAUGUUUGGCAACUCAAACCUUCAGCUCCCUCCACAGAUUUUCUAUGGGAUUAAGGUCUGGAGACUGGCUAGGCCACUCCAGGACCUUAAUGUGCUUCUUCUUGAGCCACUCCUUUGUUGCCUUGGCCGUGUGUUUUGGGUCAUUGUCAUGCUGGAAUACCCAUCCACUACCCAUUUUCAACGCCCUGGCUGAGGGAAGGAGGUUCUCACCCAAGAUUUGACGGUACAUGGCCCCGUCCAUCAUCCCUUUGAUGCGGUGAAGUUGUCCUGUCCCCUUAGCAGAAAAACACUCCCAAAGCAUAUUGUUUCCACCUCCAUGUUUGACGGUGGGGAUGGUGUUCUUGGGGUCAUAGGCAGCAUUCCUCCUCCUCCAAACACGGCAAGUUGAGUUGAUGUCAAAGAGCUUCAUUUUGGUCUCAUCUGACCACAACACUUUCACCCAGUUGUCCUCUGAAUCAUUCAGAUGCUCAUUGGCAAACUUCAGACGGGCAAACUUCAGACAUGUAUAUCUGCUUUCUUGAGCAGGGGUGCCUUGCCGGCGCUGCAGGAUUUCAGUCCUUCACGACGUAGUGUGUUACCAAUUGUUUUCUUGGCGACUAUGGUCCCAGCUGCCUUGAGAUCAUUGACAAGAUCCUCCCGUGUAGUUCUGGGCUGAUUCCUCACCGUUCUCAUAAUCAUUGCAACUCCACGAGGUGAGAUCUUGUAUGGAGCCCCAGGCCGAGGGAGAUUUACAGUUAUUUUGUGUUUCUUCCAUUAGCGAAUAAUCGCACCAACUGUUGUCACCUUCUCACCAAGCUGCUUGGCGAUGGUCUUGUAGCCCAUUCCAGCCUUGUGUAGGUCUACAAUCUUGUCCCUGACAUCCUUGGAGAGCUCUUUGGUCUUGGCCAUAGUGGAGAGUUUGGAAUCUGAUUGAUUGAUUGCUUCUGUGGACAAGUGUCUUUUAUAUAGGUAACAAACUGAGAUUAGGAGCACUCCCUUUAAGAGUGUGUUAUUACAAAAGUAUGUGGAAACCCCUUCAAAUUAGUGGAUUCAGCUAUUUCAGCCACACCCAUUGCUGUCAGGUGUAUAAAAUCAAGCACACUGCCAUGCGAUCUCUAUAGACAAACAUCGGCAGUAGAUUGGCCUUACUGAAGCGCACAUAGAUUUCAACGUGGCACUGUCAUAGGAUGCCACCUUUCCAACAAGUCAGUUCAUCAAAUUUCUGCCCAGCUAGAGUCUACCCCGGUUAACUGUAAGUGCUGUUAUUGUGAAGUGGAAACGUCUAGGAGCAACAAUGGCUCAGCUGCGAAGUGGUAGGCCACACAAGUUCACAGAACAGGACCGCCGAGUGCUGAAGUGCGUAGCACGUAAAAGUAAUUCGUCCUCAGUUGCAACACUCACUGCCGAGUUCCAAACUGCCUCUGGAAGCAACAUCGGCACAAAAACUGUUCGUCCGGAGCUUCAUGAAAUGGGUUUCCAUGGCCGAGCAGCCAUAAACAAGCCUAAGAUCACCAUGCGCAAUGCCAAGCGUCGGCUGGUGUGGAGGCCAUUGGACAAUGUGAUGUUUCGCCGCCAUUGGACUCUGGAGCAGUGGAAACGCGUUCUCUGGAGUGAUGAAUCAUGCUUCUCCGUCUGGCAGUCCGAAAUACUAAUUUGGGUUUGGCGGAUGGCAGGCGAACACUACCUGCCCAAAUACAUAUUGCCAACUGUAAAGUUUGGUGGAGGAGGAAUAAUGGGCUGGAGCUGUUUUUCAUGGUUCAGGCUAGGCCCCUUAGUUCCAGAAAUCUUACCGCUACAGCAUGCAAUUACAUUCUAGACAAUUCUGUGCUUCUAAAUUGCAACAGUUUGGGGAAGGCCCUUUCCUGUUUCAGUAUGACAAUGCCCCCAUUCACAAAGCGAGGUCCAUACACAAAUAGUUUGACAAGAUCAGUGUGUAAGAAAUUGACUGGCCUCCACAGAGCCCUGACCUCAACCCUAUUGAACACCUUUGGGAUGAAUUGGAACACAGACUGCGAGCCAGGCAUAAUCACCCAACAUUUGUGCCUGAGCUAACUAAUGCUCUUGUGGCUGAAUGGAAGCUCCCGCAGCAAUGUUCCAACAUCUAUUGGAAAGCCAUCCCAGAAGAGUGGAGACUGUUAUAGCAGCAAAGGGGGGACUAACUCCAUAUUAAUGCCCCUGAGUUUGGAAUGAGAUGUUCGACGAGCGGUUGUCCACAUACUUUUGGUACUUUAUUACGUUUUUCAGGCACAGUGCGAAGGCAAGAUCAAAGAUAGCAAUAAGGGUUGUUCAAUAUAGCUAUGUACCCGUCCUUAUGUUUAUCACCUGUAAUGUUAACUGUACAUCACAUUUAACUGUAACACUCCCAUUCAAAUAGUAUGAUACUCUAACUUUAUUGUAAGUGUAUAUGGAAAUACAUUUUGUAAGGUCAGCAUACAAAAUACACAAAUCAAUACUCUAUAAAACAGCAGAGUGCUAUUCAAAAAUGCUGUUUUGCAUUAUGUAUUUAUUAUUACAGUGUAUUGAUUUUGUGUAGCCAAUGCAAACUUAUCUCCUUCCAUGCUUUAUACAAGAUAACAUAUGUCAAUUCUAGGAACACCAAAUCUAAAUGUGCUAGCAACUACAAUCGACAGUUUGAAUCACAAUUGUGGUGUCUCAAAGUUGUUUAAUAACGGCAUCAAUACUACUAUUUUAGCAAUACUAGAACGUUCUACUAACACCUUGUUAACUUUGACAAGCAAUUUGCUCUUGAAGCCUGUCUGCUUUCAAAACCAAUUAUUUUGACCCAUACUUGUAUUACUUGACUACUUUACUGAACCAUUUAAUUUAUUUUAAAGUUCUAUUUAUUUAUUUUGUUCAUCAAUAAAAUAAGAUUUGUUUACGUUGA